GAUCGUGUUCACUUUUGGAUCAACCUCCGUCCGUUCGUCUUCCAAAUUCCUGGCUCAAGCCCAGAAUGAUCAAGGAACUGUAUCAACCGGUGGAGCCGCAAUCCCGUCGGCCAAGCUACGUGUCGUCGUCCUCGAUGGCGUCAUCCUCAUCGUCGGCCACUAAUGGUUGCCAACACCGACACCACCAGAAGGCUGUCGUUUUGUCGGCAGAAAAAUGGAACCAACUGCUGGCAAAGGCCAGCGGAACGGCAUCGAUUCGACCGCAAACGGCCGCCGUCGUCGUCACCGAGGAUGGCAAAACGUUGGCCCAGAAGGAAGCGGAAUACAAACAGUACCUGAAGAAGGAGUCGCAAGCCAUGACCAUAAAGUGGGAGAACACGGUGCAGAACAUUCGCGAAAAGAAGGAAGCCGAACAGUUGCGGAAGCAGCGCGAGAAAGUGGAGGAAGAUGAGAAGCAUUACCGCGAGCUGAAAGUCGCCGACGAGGUCAAACGGAAGGAGCUCAUCGAGAAAGCGGAGGAAAUGAUCCAGAAGGAAAAGGAAGGACCACGCGUGCUCGAGAGUGCGGCUAAAUUUUGCGAGGUUCUGAAGGCCCGCGAAUAUCAGCGCAAGUUCCGAUCCGAACAGGAGGCUCUGCAGGAAGCCCGCCGCAGACAGCUGGAUCAGCAGGACAACGCGCAAGCCAAUCGCUGGAUAAAGUCACAAGCCGAGCGCCACAUUGACGAUCGCAAGCGUUUCGAUUGCUACAAGAAGGAACUGAAAGAGAAGAUCGAACGCGAUCACGACGGGCAGCUACAGGUGCGAAACUUUAUGAUCGCACAGGAGCAGAAGCAACAUCAAGCGCUGACGGAUGACACCCGCCAGCAGAUGGAACUGGAGAAGAGGAUGCUGGAACGGAACAAAGAAAUGAGAAGGAAGCAUGCACUGGAGGCGAUGAAGAUGGCUCAGGAACGGGAGGAGCGGCUGAAGCGGGAAGCGAGCAUCGAGAAAACUUUGAACGAAAUCUACAAUGACGGCCAAAGGGCUAUUGCACAGAAGAGGAAGGAAAUACACGUAAACAAGCACAGGUUCCGUGACAAUACGCAUCUGCUGCAGGAUUCUGUCGAACGGCAGAAGCAAAUUCUAGAGGAGGAGGAAUAUAAUCGGAACAGGGCGCUACUGGAACAAGAUUCCAAGGCAGACGAGAAAGAGCGUGAAGCUUUGGAGAAGAAGAAACAAGACAAAGCUGCUCGCAUCAAAGCGCACCUGGAGGAAAUAGCAUGGCAGAAGAAGAAGGAACAAGAGCAGGCUCUAUUGGAACGGAAAGAGAUGGCUGCUCGGCUGAAGAACGUGGACGUCACCUUUGGUUUCGAUCGUCGUAAGGUUACGGACAAAACGUCCAAGACCCAUGCACAGCGCAAACUGCUGCUUGACCAAGCGGACGAACAGGAAGAGCGCGAGAAGAGGGAAGCGGACACCCGUGCCGAGCUGCAGUACAUGCGAAACAGUGCCGAGAAAGAGAACACACACUUCUUGAAGUACGCUGACGAACUCAUCUCGGAUGCCAAGGCAAAGGGAAGACCGGUUCUGCCAUUGCUGAAGACGGUCGAAAACUACAAAAGGGAACACUAUUUCGACUUCAAGGAGAAGAAUUUCGUCCCGCGGCAUUUGGUUUCCCGAGUGCCUAUCAACAACAAAGUCGCUGAUCAACGUUUGUCGCAGUCCCUGAUCCCUGAUCCGGCCAUCAUCGAGAUGACGCCCGCCAUGCCGCCGAUUUGGGUCCGCUACGAUCCCGAGCAGUUGAAGAAUAUGAAUCCGUACAAAAAUAGUAAAAAUACUCAGAAGAAGUAGGAUUUAGGGUAUCUUCAAAACCUAGGUUAGAGCAUGAAUCUUAUGAAUUAGCAAAAGCAACUGUUGAAGUAUGAAUUUAUGAGGCACUGAAUCUGUAU